CCCAAGGGGGUGCGAAGAGGUGUCGGGCUCAGCAUGGAGAAUGACAGCUCAGCCCCUGAGAUUCAUGGAGAAAGUACCUGCCCUCUCCUGGAUGAGCAGCCGCCCAGAGGGAAAGGGCUAGGCCUCUGCUCUGUCCGCUGGGGCCUGGCUAUCAUCCUGCAUGUCUCCUUGUUCAUUACUUACUCCCAGCGAGUGGACCUCAGCAUCGCCAUUGUAGCCAUGGUGAACAGCACAGGCCAGCAACAUGUCUCUGCAGAUGUGUGUCCUGGGCCUCCUCCUGCUCCCCUCAAUGCAUCGAAGCCCAGAGAGGUCAAGGCCCCCGUCUAUGACCGGACCCCUGAAGUCUGCGGAUUCCUCUUGAGUUCUUUUUCCUGCAGCCGCCUCCUCCCCCAGAUUCCCGGAGGAUGCCUCACGGGCGUUGCGGGCUGGAAGCCCGUGCCGGGCGCUGGCCUGCUGCUCUCCUCGGUCUCUGCCGCAGAGCUCGGCGUGGUUCACCUGGUCCUCGUCCAGGCUUUCCGAGGCCUCUCUCGGGGUGUGAUAUUCCCAGCAGUUUACACUCUCUGGACAAAGUGGGCCCCACCUCAGGAACUCACCUGCCUCAUGAAUUUUGCAGAUGCUGGUACCACUCUAGGGACCUUCUUCACCCUGAUGGUAGGAGGCAUCACAUGCCAGACCCUGGGGUGGCCUUCCUUUUUCUACAUCUUUGGAGGUGUGAAUUGUGUCUGGUGCCUGCUUUGGUUCUUCUUGGUGUUUGAAGAUCCUGACAGUCACCCUUGCCUCAGUACCACAGAGAAGGAAUACAUCGCAUCAGCCUCAACCCAGAAGGGCCCCUGCCACAGCUGGUCGCUGCCCCUCCUCUCCAUGCUGAAAUGCGGGCCACUAUGGGCCAUUGCAAUUGCCUCUUUCUGUUGUGACUGGCUCUUCUACACCCUGCUGACCCUCCUUCCUGUGUACCUGAACCGCAUCCUUCACCUGGACACCGGGGAGAGUGGCUUCCUGAGUGCCCCUCCACACACUGGAAACUGGCUGGGUCAUAUAGGCACAGGGCUCCUGGGAGACUUCUUGGUAGCCAAGAGCCUGCUCCAUCUGGGUACAACGAGGACACUCUUCACAGCCCUGGGAAUGCUGUGCCCAGCAGCCCUGGUGCUCGAGGUAUCUUACAUUGGCUGCAAUUACAUCGCCGCUGUCAUUCUGUUCACUGUCUCCAUGACCCUCAUCAACAUGACCGGGGCUGGCUAUGCCGUGAAUCUCCUGGAUGUUGCCCCCAGGUACUCAGGCUUCCUGCACAGAGUCAUUAACACCCUGGCCAAUCUCUCAGGAAUGGUGGCACCCAGUGUGGCCGGAUUCCUCAGCAGUCAGGACACCCUGUCUGGCUGGAGGAAUGUCUUCUUCUUGUCGGGAGCCAUUAACCUAUGUGGGGUGGUCUUCUACCUCAUCUUUGGCCGAGCAGACAUCCAGGACUGGGCUAGAGUGGACAGCACCCCAUGAUGAGGGCCAGACUGAGGGAAGCCUCCCACCCACCCAACAGCUGGAGGGGAACUUGGAGUGAAGGGACUUGGGCGCUUAAUAAAUGUUUAUUGUUUACCUGUUAGUCCCAGCCCUGCCUCUGACUUGGUAACUUCCUCUCCCAUCUGUAAAACAAGAGGAUGGAUAUAUCCCUCCUCCUAUUAGAAAAGAGAGAGGGGGAAGAUGUGGGAUGUUGUACGUUACAGUCAGGUGGGUCCUGGGCCAGGGAAAUCUGCCUUACUGUUUUUCUCUGUUUUCAGGGAGGGUUUGAGGCAGAGUG